AUGGAUAUGUAUUCUAACUACAACGUCUCUUUUCACAAUGAUACAUCAAUAGAGCAUGAAACAGGACUUGAAUUUAUAACAACACCCGCUGUCAUCGCCAUUGUUGUAUCAAUAAUCGACGGAGUUUUGAUUCUUUUUGGUGCAACGAUUAACCUCGCCAUUAUAAUAACGAUUGCGAGCCAUCAUCGUGAAUUAAAAACCAUGGACCUGUUUAUCCUAAAUUUAUGCCUUUCUGAUUUCGUUAGCAGUAUAUUUUACCAACCGUUGGUCAUAACUCGACUACUAGCUCGCAGUGCACAAAGUGGCAUCCACACUGGAGUCUUUAAAAUGGCUUCAUUUACUUGCCUUUUGGCCGACUGUGCCGCUUUAUUUUUAGUCACCUUCGAUAAAUAUCUUGGCAUCAGAUUUCCAUUCCGUUAUCGCACGUAUUUCAGAAAGCAAAAUGUAGUCGCGAUAAUCACUUGUGCUUGGGUCAUAGCAACAGCAAUUGGACUAACAUUUGCGUUGUGUGACCAAGCGGCAAAGAUUGCAGGAAUCCUUUAUGGCCUAUUGCUCCUAAUAAUGUUCAUCAUCACGCCAGUCUUGCAAGUUGCAUCUUUCUUUGUCGCCAAGCGACAUGAGCGACGAAUACAGCGAAUGGGAAAGGUGGUUGCUAACUGCAAAUGUACAAGGAAGCCGAAACCAACAGAUGAGAUUCCUUCGACCGACAAUAUUAACUCUGAAAUAGCCCAUAGUUCCAUCAACAAUUCCAAGCCAGUUCAUCCAUUUACCAGCAAAGCAGCAAGAACAAUAACUCUUCUGACUGUGGUAUUUAUCACGAGUUGGUCGCCACAGAUUGUUCUCAAUGUUUAUUUCAUGAUAACAUCUGAUGGGAAAACGUUCUUCCGUUUCAUUUAUCUUUUUGUCGCAUUUCAACAACUUCAUGUAUGUAUUAAUCCUUUCAUCUAUGUGUUCAGAACUCAGUGCAUUCGAAAUAAGUUUUUUGGAACAAGAAAUGAAAUAGGAGAUUGCUCAGUUCACUGA